AUGUAUUUCAAUCCAGUUCUCUUUGGUUUACCAGCCAUCGGCAUAAUCGGACACGCCAAAUAUGCCUGCGCCGGCUCCGACUCUUGCCUCGACGCAGAUGGUGGUAGCCCUCACGCAAACUUUGCGAUAUGUUGCACAGACCGCGCUUCCGGCGCAGGAUAUAUCGGCAAUACGAAGUACGAUUACAUAUGCGAGGCCUAUGCGACGCGCAAUGGAUUGCCAACAAUGAGCGCUAAGAGUGCUGCUGAGUGCGCUAGGAGAUGCGACGAAGAUGACAAAUGUGUAUCAGGCACUUGGUGGAGUUCUAAUGAAUCUUGCUACAGAAAAUCCACGAGUUCCAGUCCUCAAAGUAAUGUGUGGAGCCGCGAGUAUGUCCUGUUAGUCGAAUCUGGCAAAGAUAGUGGGCCUGAGCCAGGGCCAGGGCCAGAUUGCCAGCAGCAGGUUGUGGAUGCAAUUCGCACCGAGAGAGAGACAUGUUCGAGCAAGAUAUCGGCUAUUGUGAAUGAUAAGAACGAAAAGAUGAAAGACCAGAUAUGCGAGAUGCUCACAAGACCAAAAAGAGACUGGAGCCUUUUGCCAGUUGAUAUGAAACAUGUCGACGAGGUCAGAAAAAUAGUUGAAUUUGCUGGUCAUGCAUCAGAUACUGACAGUGUUGCCUUUGCACCCGAUGGUAACAGAUUUGCUUCUGGAUCUGCAGACGAGUCUGUCCGGUUCUGGGAUAUCAAAACACAAAGCUCAAAGGAAUUGAAGGGGCAUACAGACAAGGUAUCAUCGGUUGCAUUCUCCUCUAACGGCAAAUACCUUGCUUCUGAGAUAUCCAAUAGUAUGAUUCGAAUCUGGGAUGGAGAAACUGGACAAUACCUGCGGCAGAUCACAGGACACACCGGCGCGGUUAGGGCAGUGGCCUUCCUGCAGCACGGCAAUGACAACAUUCUCGCAUCUGCAUCGAACGAUAGGUCAAUUAAGAUGUAG